AUGUCGGGUUGGUCAGAGAUUAGGGAUUUGGCUGAGAAGCUAAAAAGCGUUCAAUCAGCUGAGAGCGCCAAUAUUCUAAGUCAUCACGCUUGUGUUGACAUUGUUACCUAUCUUAUUAAUUCCGGCCGUCUGCAGCUGUUUCGGACAAUCAAUGGCCGAAGCCUACUGACCAAUAAUGAGCUGAACAAGGAAAUUUUUGAGGAGUUGGAAGCUCACGGAGGCCACACUACCAUACUAGAAAUAUCUAAAAAUCUUGAUGUAGAGUAUUCUCUCAUCGAGUCUCGUGUACAAGAGCUAGUUGCAUCGAAAUCAAACGAUUUUUUUGACGAAACCUGCAUACUGGUUGGGGGUGAUUUGAUGACAAAAUCAUUCGUAAAAAGUGUUGCUGAAGAAAUUCGGGAUCGCUUGGAGUUCCGUGGAUCUAUGAGCUUUGUGGAACUUACACGUAUGUAUAACUUCCCUCCGCAGUUCAUAAUGGAUAUUAUCAACGACUACAAUGGUGUUCUUUUUAAUAUUCACAAAGAAGAAGAUAAGUUUUACACCGAUUCGUUUAUUUCCAAACAAAAAGCUAAGGCCCUUGGUUACUUCUCGGGUCUCAUAACCCCGAUUGCUAUUUCGACGUGUAGCAUGAAGUUGGAUAUUCCACAGAAGCUUCUAAUUAAUCUUGUUGAAGCCCUCAUUUCAAGCAACAAACUCAAGGGAUCACUUAUUGCCGGUGGGAAGAACAUUUAUACACCGUUAUGCUACAGUCGUGCCCAGGAUGCUUAUGUAACGGCCUUCUUUAAACAGAACAGAUACAUCGAAUGGAAUAUUGUCCGCCACAUCGGCAUCCCUGACCCCUCCUCAUAUCUUCGCUCGCACUUUCCUUCUGCCAUCCACACAAAAGAAUUCACUAUAUGUGAAUCCACAGUUUCACAAAUCAAGGAACUCUUGGCAGACGGCGCUUCAGAGAACCAGUGGGUUGAUGUUUUCCACUACCUUCCACAAGCGUUUGGUGCGCAGGAGCGCGAAUGGCUGAUUGGGCCGCUUCUGAAGAACACCCCAUUUGUCCCCAUACACGAGUACAGGUUCCUUUGUCAUAAGGACAGCCUUUUGGAGUAUGUGUCGUUUUUCGAAGACUUUAUUCGGGAGCGGGCAGUUGUAGCUGCGACUGAUCAAAAGCAGAAGGCUGCCUCAAAAUCCGCGGAGGUCAACGUGACGCUUCCUGACGACGGCCAUUCAAGGGUCACAGAAAGGAAGGGGAAAUCCGGCGGAUUUGGUGGCCGCGCGCGUGAAGUGAAAACCAAAAAUGUCAAAAAGAAGUACCUCAAAAAGGCUGUGGAAAGUGACUCGGACAAUGAGGAAGCCUCUACCCUAGCCUGUGAUUCCUAUUUGCCCCGCGAAGAACUCUUUUCAAUACUCACAUCUCGUAUUGCUGCGGACGCUCCCGAGGAACUAGUUGAUGGUAUUAUCGAUAAACUCUUGCCGGAAAUUUACGACAAAUUUUCCGGACUCUGCAAAUCGGUUUUGCUGCAGACGUCAGGCGCCUCAAGGAACCGUGACCGAUUUCUUGCUGAGAAGGAAUCACUCGUUUCGGCAAUUUUGUCCAUACAGCUCUUUGAACGUGGAGCGUUAGCUGUGGACGAUCCAAGUCUGCGAAGUCAAUUGCUCCGUCAGCUCAUUCGCGGUGAUGUCUCCACCUUCGUCAAUCGGCUCUGCGUGUUCCUGGCUCAGAAUUACGAUGUUGACUGGCCGUCUGCCGUCCAGAGCAACACAUCUUCAAAGAACAGGAAGAAUAAGCACAUUCAGCGCGAGGUGGAAGAGGCAUCCAGUAAAUCGCCCAAUGACCUUACACCAGUUGAAAUAACCGCGCAACAACGCGACACCUUGGUCCAUCUCCUUGCAAACCUUGGAGCGGGUCCCACUAAGGAGGCCUCGGGCAUUCUCCAGCACUUGAACGCCUGCCUCCGUGCGAGUCCAGAACUGCCAGAGGCCGUUGAAGGUCUCCCGCUAGACGAAGUCUUCAACCUCUGCGACGAACUCGCGGCUGGCCAUCUGGGCGUCAAUUUGUCUGUCUCGCUUCUGCGUGGCGGAGCGGCGAAACGCAAGCGACAGGAUCGCGCGCUGGCCCUCGACCUCGCCGCCCAAACCGAGCAGCAGAUGAUUGCAGCGGCGUCGGCAGCGGAGGCGGACACCAACUCGCUGGCUCUUGUGGCGCUAGCCGCGGCCGGCCUGUUCGGUCAUUGUCUGGCUGGCUGGCCUCUACCGGUGUGUGGCAAACUGGUGCCGCAGCUAUCGGCUUGGAUUGCCAAAAAGCUGGCCUCACCCUCGAGCAACUGUAAGUCGUACCCUGCCGCGGUGAAGGAGCUCCAUGCCUCGAAGGCUGGCCAGCAGUUGUCUCGUGUGACGGACUUGGUGAUGCACAAAACCAGGGUCGCUGAAGGCGCGGAAGGGAAGGAGGAGGAGGAAGAGGGGAAAAAGAAGCUAAUUGAGCAGAUUGUCUUGACGGCGUCGCGUUGUCGUCAGGCAAUGCAAGGCAGUGUCGCGUCGUCGUAA